AUGAAGACUCAUACAGCUAUUGCAGGGCUACUAGUCUUCCUGGCGUUCGUAACCAUAGAUGCAAUCGACCCAUACGUUACGCACAUUGACCCAAGCCAGGGAAGUGUGAACGGCGAGACCCGAAUUACUAUAUACGGCGACGGUUUUGCAGCGGACCAAUUCGAAGACGAUUUAGGGAAUACAGUGACCUUGGUGUCUGACCUGCAAUCGUAUGACUGCCCUGUCCACAAGGAUGGCAGCACUGAGGUUCAGAUACAGUGUUACUCUCCAAAGAUGCCCGAAGCUGAUUAUCGCAUUGCCGUGAACGUGAACGGAGUACAACUGACCGAUCGAAAUCUAUGCGAGUCGAAUCCGACCGGAUGCGAAUACAAGCCAUCCACAAGCGUCACUCCUAUGAUCGGUUGGAUCGAGCCCAGGUCCGGUCCUCCCGGAACGAUCGUCACAAUUCAUGGCCGUUGGUAUACAUCUCGUUACCAAAGCAACGAAGACCUCAGCACGAACGGGAGGGAGGAAGUCAUAAAAAGGGUCUAUUUCGGUGGCCAGAAGUGCGAGCUGAGGAAACCAGAUUCAGAUGAAUUCUAUGGCAUUGCGUUGAAUAGUAACGGAACCGGUAACUGGGGUCACGUGAAGUGUAAAUUAGGAGGCACCUACGUUGGGAACAUAAAUGCAAGUUUCAUUAUUGAGGGACAAUUCGGAAGGUCACUACCAGAUCUCCAAGUGCUUCAGGUCACAGCCCAGAAUAAGAUCAGUAUGUUCCAAACCUUCGCCGUCAUCUCCGGGGUCUCGCCAGCCAUAGGCAGCACCGCCGGGGAAACAAACCUUACAAUCAGAGGUAACUUCUUCGACGAAACGGAUGCGAACGCCAGGGUUGAAGUGGGUGGCGCUCCAUGCAGCGUCCUCAGCCUCAUGGAUACGGAGAUAGUCUGUAAGACCCCUGUGGAGCAGCUGAAUAAAACUGUGUACCCAGGAAACAGGGGAGUGCUGUUUGAGCUAUGGGACCUAACGGACUACUCCGGCAGUGUUUCAUUGAGCACCAUCGCCUCUCUCACCGAAGCUGACCAGGGCUAUUCAAAACAAUUUAAUGACUCCGUUGGCUAUAUAUCAAUGGAGCCUAACUGGGCUGGCAGAAUGACUGGGUUUUUUGUUCCACCGCAGUCAGGGGAUUAUACGCUUUACAUUGUUACCGACGACAUUGGUGAACUUUAUUUUAGUAAAAGCGGCGAUGCAGGAGAUAAGGAGUUGAUAGCCAGUUGUCCAUCAGCGUCCUUCGACCCCUACAAACAUCCAGAACAGAAGUCCGAGAGGAUGACUUUACAGGAAGGAAAGCCGUAUUAUUUCGAAGCCAUAGCAAGGAAUUAUGCAGUCAAAGGAAUUCUUCAGGUUGCGGCCUUUCAGCAUAACGCCACCUUCACCAGUGCACAAACAAUCAGCGCCCAGACAUCCGUAAAGGAAGUUACAAUUAUAACCGACCCAUUCGAGAAAGAACUGCAGUUAGUUACACUAGAGAACUGGCCAGCAGCAGAAUCUACCCCGUCAAGUGAGGUACAACUCAUCACUCUUACGGGCUUGAGCACUCAGUUCCAGCUCAGACUCGACGGCGUCUCCACAGGUGUUAUGACCUUCCCUGCUACCGCCGCUGAAGUAGAAGCCGCCCUGAACACCUUACCGACCAUAUUCCCCGACACUGUCAACGUGUCUCGAUCACAGUCCGGCAGUACCUAUGCAUACGAAGUGACAUUCAAUAACGAAGAAGGUGACAUGAAAAUGAUCGAGGUUGUAGGCGGCAUUACCACAAGCACAGUGACUGAACAGUCGAAGGGAGUGUCUUCCAUGAAAUAUAUGCGGUUUGAGGCUGACGGGGUCGUGUCGCCUAAGAUGAGAGCCGAUGCAGGUACAACUACGCUCAAGAAUAAAAUAAAGAAGGUAUUCGGCAGCCGUUGUAACAGUCUUUUGGCUGCGCCACAAGUUGAUGUUGCUUGGUUCCAAGACUUCGAGAAUGGCUGGAACCCACCACAUGGGAACGUCAUUUCAUGGGAUUCAUUUUGCGGCCAGCACUGCGUGAGAAAACCUGGAACUAAAAUAUUUUCAGUUUCAAGUAAUUCCCAAGCGAUAGAUGUUAAGACCUACCCGUGGUGGUGCAUGGCCUAUAAAGGGCAGUACAUCAAUUGGAUCUCCAUGGCUUAUAUUUGGCUCAGUGAAAAUGACAUUUUACUUGGUACAAGCCGGUUAUACAGCCUCAACUAUGCAGACAGAUGGUACAAUGAUGACGAGGAUAAAUCUGUCUGGAAGUACAAGUGUAUAAAUAUGAUGAACUACUUGCCUGACAAGCCCCUAAUCAAACUCAAGACUUUCAACAUAUGGAAGAAUGGAGCCAACUUUGCUGAUAACAUUGCAAUUGCUAAGGAACCUCCGAUUCCACAAGACCAAUGGGACAUGGUGGACACGUUUCGAGUUACGCUGAAUCCAAGUUUAAACCGAAUUGAUGAGAUGAAGUUGACUGAUACGACUACAGGCAACCACAGCAGCUUCAGUAUAGAACUUGACCCUUACUCAUGCCACCAUGGGUUCCCCUUGAUUAAACCGUACAACACUGAGGAAGUCAGUGCUAAUGAAUACAGGCAGUCGACAUGGCCUUCUUCGACAAAUAUUCAAGUCGUUCAAAGCGUUAUGGCCACGCCACCAAUUGGAGGAAAGUUCGAUAUCAUUGCUGGUGGAGGGCAGCGCAUAAAAGAUAUUCCGUACUAUGCCAACGCAGAAACAAUGAAGAGUCACCUAGAGGCCUCUGGUCUGGUGGGUGCUGUGACAGUGCUAAGGAUAGACUCCUCUUGCAAACGUUACACAUGGCACAUAACAUUCAACACAGCCAUAGGGUACGAGGCGGAGAUAGAUGUGGAUGGAUCCAACUUGACCCCUGCCCAGGCUAAUGUGGCUGUCAGCACAGUCCAGGAGGGUGGCAUUAUGUAUUACCCUAUACCCGGAGAUAUGCUUAGGACACCCGAGACAACACCACAGGUGACUGUCUCUAUCAACAAGAUUUUCUCGUCCUGUGCUGCCAACGUUUCCUGUAGUUUCGAGUGGUCGACUAACCAUACAGCAACGCUUGAGUCUGUCAGUCCUACCAUCUGUACCAUUGGCGACGUCCUUACAAUCAACGGAACAGGCUUUGAUAUCAUCACGCCCACAAACAACGAAGUAAUGGUAGGAGGAGCGGUAUGCGAGGUCACCUUAGCCACCGAUACGGAGCUAACAUGUACCCUCGGCGCUGGACCAGCCGGUGAUGUCAUUGUCAGCAUGCACGUCAGCGGCAAAGGAAGGGCGCUUGGGAACUUCAAUGUGACUUAUAUUGCAAGUAUUGCGAGUGUUUCGCCAACCAGUAGCAGCACUGGAGGUGGGGCCAUCGUUUCCAUUUCUGGAGUAGGCUUUAAGGAUGACUUCCGGGUCGAAAUCGGAGGAAAUGAAUGCGAGGACCCAAUGAUUACAAGUGUGUUGAUAGAGUGUGAAGUACCCUCCGCGUCAUCGACAGGAGCGGUCAAGAUCCACAUCUACAACAAUCUAAAUGCCUUGGUCACGUCAGGAGAUUUCACAUACACGAAUAAUGCUGCUGUGAUAUCAGCUAUGAACGUCACAGAGGCUAUGGUGGACGGUUCAACGUUUAUCCAGAUUACUGGCAGUGGUUUCGGUACCUACAACUCGACAGUAAACACACUGUCACUCGGCGGGGCGAUGGCCGUGAUCAUCAAUCACACAGACACUGAAGUAAUAGCCAAACUGCCAGUACAGAACCCUGGUAGAUACCAGAUUAAGCUGAGGACGAGUACAGGGGAUUUUGCUGAUACAGGAUCUAAUAACAUAUCCAGCAUCCACUACAAUUUCCAAGUGAACCGUGUCUCCCCCUCAGAAGGUUCCAUCUUCGGGGGCACCAUCUUGACUAUCACGGGCCGAGGGUUCCAUAACAAUACCGCCAUGAUGAAUGUGAGCGUAGGCGACGUUGGAUGCGAGGUUUUCGAAUCCACUCAAGACGAGCUGACUUGUAGGAUGGGUGAUUUCUAUACCACGCAUUAUGUAACAAAUGGAGGUACACACCCUGUAUUCGGUCAAGGUUACUACUGGAGUCCCAUAUCCGUAACAAUAGAGGAGGGAGACGUGGUUAACUGGUCGUGGGAGCCACCUAAUCAGAUCUCAGGAGUCAACUACAAAGUGUGCGAGACAAGCUCCAGCACUGCGUUGGUGUGUAAGACAGAUGGAUUCGACAGUGGUUCCAAAACCGCAGAAGGUUCAUUUUCGCAUAAGUUCCUCGACCAAGGAGACUACUCCUACUGGAGUUCUUAUGUCGAAGGCAGCAACUUGGUAUUCUUCAGAGGAACUGUCCGUGUGGUCACCAAACAACCAAGGUCCUAUGACUUACGUGUCAAAAUAGGGGACAUUCAGGCAGAGGCUGUCACCAUCAGUAAGAGGUCCGUCCGCUCAGUACCAGUCUGUUCACUGGCAUCGCCAGUCUCCAACUGCGACGAGACCAUCAACAGCACCGCCAGUAGCUCUGUUGCCUUCACCUUUUCUGCCUGUUCGACUCCAUCCUUAAACGACAUCCAUGUCCGAAGAGAGACUGACCGUUAUGUCUUUGAGUUCCACGGUGACAGUCUUGGGGACGAUGUUUGCCAAGUCACAGCAACCUUUAUGACGAUUCCACUCAACGUGACCAGUACUAAUGGGUCCGUGGUGUCGGCCGAGCUGAUCCCAAGGGACGACAUGGGAUUGCUUAUCAACACAGCAUAUACCCUGAGAUUAUUCACGACCUUGAAUAUUUACGGGUUGGGAGCAGCAGACAUGAAUGUUGAAGCAAGCAAGAAUGUCAUUUUCGAACCAUCCAUUCGUGCGUACACACCAGGAGAAGGGUCAUGUGAAGGCAGCGCCAUCUUAACCAUAACUGGAAUGUUUCUUGCAGACGACCAAUCCUCGACGUCUGUGUCGUUAUUCGGCGUGGGGGCUUGCACGGUCCUGUCACGGGCCAACACGGAGCUCGUGUGCUUGACUCCGCCAUUAACUCCGGACUUGGUUGUACCCAUUCUAGUGUCUGUAAACACCCCAUCCGGAGUUGUCAGUGCCAUUACUGAAGAAACCAUGAACUUUACAUGCAGAGCAUUGACAACACCAACACUAGAUUAUGUUUUUCCUGAAUCCACAGAUGGAAGGAGUGGAAUACUUAUAAACGGUACAGGAUUCGGCUCAGAUCCAUCAGCUCUUAUCGUGAGUAUUGGUGGUGUGCUACUUUGUAUAGCUACUGCCUGCGAUGAUACCAGCUUAACAUGCACAUUAUCUCACUCUUUCGCGGGCAACUACAUCGAUACCGUGACGGUGAUGCGGAAACCGGUUGGCCUCGCCUCCGGAACAGGCUCAAUCAUCCUGGAACCUGUCAUUGAUUCAUAUUCUGCCAUUAGUGGGAGUACGAAUGGAGGGCUCCUGAUUCAUGUGGAUGGAAUUGGCUUCAACCCUGCCACAACAAGUGCAUGGCUGACAUCUCUGACAGAUGGCUCGACCCAGGUCCCAGUGGAAUCUGCUUCUUAUUACCAUGUCGACUUCUUCACUCCCCCACACGCGAGUGAGAUAAUUCACUUUUCAGUGCAGUCUGGUGUGACGUUUCCAAAUUGGGAGUUCACAUAUGGCACCGAAUUCACCCCAGUUGUCUCCACAAUUUCCCCUGCGCAAGGAGGAGGAGGCGACACAGUGCAUCUUUCUGGCACCGGAUUCAGCACGAAUUGCUCCUUGAACAUUGUCAAAACGUGUGGAGAAGAGUGUACAGUGACUUCUUGCUCUGAUACAGAAAUCGAAUGUUUGAUUGGACACUGCCCUUCUGGUGUUUAUGACGUCAACCUGAAUGUCGACGGGAAGGGAAUAGCGAACAGUUCGGCUGAAUUCACCUUUACCCUAAGUGUUAGCUCUGUUUUGCCGUUGUCAGGGAGUGUUGGAGGCGGACAGUUGCUGGCAGUGGAAGGGUUAGGACUUGAUGGUACUGCGACAAGUAUCCUGGUCUGCGGCGAGAAAUGCAAGGUAUCCGUAGAUGCCGCAGCAACAUCGACUAAUGUGACAUGUCUUACUCCAACAGCCACAGGUCCUAUGUCCUGUGACAUCGUCGUUUCUUCGGGCUCGCUAAAUGUUACCUAUGGUUCCCAGUAUGUUUAUACGGAUUCCCUCACUCCUACUGUCUCUUCCGUAAGCCCCUCGAGAGGAGGCAGUGGUGGCGGGACCACCAUCACAGUCACAGGAACCAACUUCGGAAAUGUCAUUGGCGAUGUUGAGGUCCACAUUGGUGGUUCUAGCUGUUCUGUCAUGUCCGUCUCUGAUACCUCCAUCAGUUGCACAACUGGACCACGGUCACCAUCGGUGUUAGCUGCAGUGGUGGUCACUGUUGAAGCCAACGGGAACAGUGUACAAAAGUUGGGCGGUGACAACCUUUACCAUUACAUCGACCUCUGGUCCUCUCCCUACACUUGGGGCUCCAGUCUACAGAUGCCAAUUGACGGUGAUAUGGUCGUCGUUCCUGCCGGACAGACUCUUAUGAUUGAUAUGGACACGCCCAUCAUUGUGAUGCUCCUCAUCAAAGGUGGCACUGUCCUCUUCGAUGAUAAAGACGUCGAACUGAACACAGAAAACGUGCUGAUUGUUGACGGAGGAGUCCUACAGAUUGGCACUGAAGAAAACCCACAUUUACAUAAAGCAACUAUCACACUCCAUGGCAACCUCCGUGCUACAGAGCUCCCCAUCUAUGGAGCAAAAUGUCUUGCCGUCAGGAACGGUACUUUGGACCUUCACGGCAAGCCAAUCAUGAAUACAUGGACGCAUCUGAAUUCAACAGUCAGUGCUGGUUCUAGCAUCAUCACCGUACAACACAAUGUCUCCGACUGGGGCAUCGGAUCCAAGAUCGCCAUAGCAAGCACGGGGGACAGGCACAGCCAAAUUCAGAACGAAGAGGUCAUCAUUGCAAGCAUAUCUGCAGAUGGUUUCACGAUCACAUUGGAGGAGCCUCUUUCUUAUAGACACAUUGGUGAGGAGAACAUUAUCGAUGGCAGAGUUCUUCAGAUUCGAGCCGAAGUUGGAUUGCUAUCGCAUAACAUCUUGUUCCAGGGGUCUAAUGACCCGCAGUAUAACGAAGUGAUCGAAGCUUGUCCAGACGGAUUUGACACAGGUGAAUUUGCCACUCAGACGUGUUUCCAGGGGCGAUUCGGUGAAGAGAUGGGGAGUGACCAGUUUGGUGCACACAUCAUGAUGCACGCCCCAGCACCAGAUCAUGGUCUGGUUACAGGUCGUUUAGAAAACGUAGAACUGACAUACGUGGGGCAGGCAUUCCGGCUAGGACGCUACCCCAUCCACUUUCACUUGAAUGGAAAUCAGAACGGUUCCUACGUACGCAAAUGCGGAAUUCAUAAAGCUUUCAACCGGGCUGUGAACAUCCAUGGAACGCAUAAUGUCCUGGUGGAACACACUGUCAUCUUCAACAUCAUGGGAGGAGCGUUUUUCUUGGAAGAUGGCAUUGAAACUGGUAACAUCUUCCAGUACAACUUAGCCAUCUUUGUGAAAUCGAGUACGAGUCUCCUCAAUGAUGAUAUCACCCCCGCUGCUUUCUGGGCGACUAAUCCAGAUAAUACUUUCCGACACAACGCAGCAGCUGGUGGAACUCAUUUUGGUUUCUGGUACCGCAUGCACGACCAUCCUAACGGUCCUUCAUACACCAACAAAGUCUGUCCAAGAAAGAUUCCCUUGCGGGAAUUCAGAAACAACACAGCUCACUCCAAUGGUUGGUUCGGGAUCUGGAUCUUCAAGAAGUACUUUCCCAUGGAAGGGGGUUGUUGUAACUGUUUUGCGCCGAAGGCGGCAGUGUUCGAGAGCCUUACUGCCUGGAACAACGAAAAAGGGGCAGAAUGGACUGAUGGCGGGGCAAUACACUUUAAGGACUUCAUACUUUUCAGCAAUGAAAAGGCCGGCAUCGAAAUCAAGUUUUGUGAGUUGCAUGAAUCCUAUUCUGACAAUGGUCCAAUGGUUCGUGACAACCACAUCAUAGGACACGUUCCAGCGCUGCCGGAAAGUUGUACUGACAAAGCAAUCGUCUUGCCGCUUUCCACUGGACUCAUCAUCACUGGGACGAAGUUUUCAAACUUUGAUCGCAGCGGCUGCGCAGCUUUAGGAAUGGCGAAGAUAGGUGGCGUCAGUGGUGCAUUCAAUGGCGGCUUUAGAUUCGAUUUCUACAACACAACUUGGCAUAACACUAACAACAGGAUAUCUUUCAAGUGGGCCCACGAGGCUGUUAUGAAAGACGUUGAUGGAACUUUCGCUGGCGUUCGUGGUGGGAGUGUUGUCCCGAAGUCGGCCAUCUACCCUACACAUCUGUGUCAAGAUGCACCAGCAGACUACAACCGCGGCGAGGAGGCAAUGGUGUGUGACAGCAACAUACAGUUUCAUCGCUUCACCUUCUCCGAACCUCUGCCCAAUUCACUCCUAGGUAAGAACAUUGUCCUGGAGAACGAAUAUGGAACAGACAUGGGUCCUUUCUCUGACAUGCGGAUGACUUUCGAGGAAGGAUGGAUGGUCCUUCUCCCUAAAGGCAUCAACACAAACUUCUAUUUCGAGAAUUAUCGACACCUUACAAACAUAUCCUACGUUGGAAGAGUGACAGACCUCGCGGAGGAUGACUGUGUUCUCAUCAACCACAACUUCACCCAAUCGCCCGAUCGUUUCGCCAUUAUUCCUGGCCAGGACUACAUGGCCAUGAACUACAGUCAAGGUCUACCCACCUGCGAGGACAACUACAACGGAGAGGCAUUCUACGAUAAGGAUGAGAAACGAAUAAACUACAUAAUCAGUGGCCGCAAUAAAGUCUCCAAGCGUUCAUUCACGGAGCCCUCGUACGUAGACCGAGAUGUCAACUUUAGGAUCUAUCAGUGCUAUCAUCCAGAGUGCAUACCGCCCACACUUCCACCAACAACCCAAGGCCCUACCCCUGACCCUGAUGCAACUGAACCCUCAACCGUGCCCCCUACUGUACCCCCAGCCGUGGAUGGCCGGCCGGCAUAUGCCACCAAGUGGUCAGAGAUGGCAACUUGGGAUGGAAUGCCUUCCGGUUGGGGCGGUAACUAUGGCAAUGGACUUUACGGACUUCCUCUUGAAGGAGAUGACGUUAAGAUCAAAGCAGACCAAUGGGUGGUUGUGGACACCGAUAUCCCCCCGCUAAACAAACUCUACAUUUACGGCGUCCUUGAAUUUGAGUAUUUACCAAUCAAUGGCACAUACCUGAACGCCACACUGGACGCCACCCACAUCAUGAUCAUGGGCGGAAGGCUUAUCGUAGGCCACGAAGACGAGGGGAAGCACUUCCAGGGUCGCCUGGAUAUCGUACUCAGCGGGGACACCACAACAGAAGAGAUCCUCACGGCUGGUGGACUAACUGUGGGUGCGAAGGCCAUCGGUGUGUUCGGCGGCCUUGACCUUCACGGUAUACCUCGCGCCGUCCAAUGGACCAAGCUGCAGCAAUCGGCAAACCUCGGCUCAGACAGCAUCACUCUCUCCGAGGAGGUUAACUGGCUGCCAGGAGAUGAGAUCAUGAUCACCACUAGUUCCUUCGAUGGAUCGGAGACAGAAGUUCGAAAUAUUGCCUCGGUUGAUGGCCGAUCGGUUAAUCUUACCUCGCCUCUGCAGUACAAACAUAUAUCUCAAACUGUCACGUCACCUGAACUUGAAGGAUUUGGCAAGGCUUUUACCCAGGCAGCGGAGGUUGCUCUCCUGUCCCGGAACAUUCGUAUCAUUGGAAAGGACCAUGCCAACAUUGUAUCACAGGCUUUCGGGAGUCGUGUUGUGGUUGGAGUAACUAUUGAAGGGUUCAGCGUGUACAGAGGUUGGGCGAGGAUCAGUGAUAUUGAGUUUUACCAAGGAGGCCAGUUGGGUUACAAUAUGCCGUACGACCCUCGCUACGCCAUGGCCUGGGUGGGCACCGGUGAUGCUACAGUGGAGCGGCCAUCGUACCUCAUCAACUCUACUUUCCAUCACUGUUUUGCCACAGCCAUUGGAGCGUUCGGAGCAGGUUACAUUGCCAUUGAAAACAAUGUGAUACACAGGCCAGUCGGGAUAGGCAUCAAACUCGCUGGCAAAGGUUACAAGCUCCGCCACAACCUAGUAGCAAACCUCCUCUGGACAGGCGACUACGACGGUAGAAGCGAGGAUUUCAACUACGAGUGGAAUGCAGGCAUACAUGUUGUCGCUGUCACCAACCUGGUCAUGGAGAACAAUUGUGUCGCAGGAUCGCAGCGAGCCGGUUACAGGUUGAGACCAGAGACGUGCGGCAGUCCUGUCCUUUGGAGCAGCAACGAAGCUCACGGAGUCCUUGUAGGGGUCAUUCAGUUUGCUGACGACCUAAACACAGGUUGCGUUCGAAUAUCUGGCUUCACAAUAUGGCGGGCAUUUGACUACGGAAUAUACACAACCGGGAAAAGUAGCAUAGAAUUGGACAAUCUCGUGAUAUCAGACUGCACUCUCGGGAUUUAUAACUACCAGAGUGGAGUCAGUCCAUUGUCUCACACGUGUACAACAAUAAGAGGAACUCUUACCAAUUCCCUUAUUGUAGGCGACUCUGGUACCUUGCCCUGCACGGAUACUCUCAGCGGGACUAAUAUCGCAAAAAGUGUCAAUGGGCGCUCUUGGAAGAUAUCCGGCGGACAUGUUGGAGUCUCUUGGAUGAACGUAGUUUCUGGCUCAAAUGGUUCACCGUUUAAAUCCUUUACUUGGGUAGUAUCGUAUCCUUCGAUGUGCGGCCUCAUGACCAUCAAAGACAAUCUCUUCUACAAAUUCAACAAUGAGCGCUGUGGACAGCGAAACUAUGCCAUCUCCACCAUGUCAAAACAGGAAGACAUGAUUGUGCCAAUGCACCUGGAGAACAACCAACUCGUAGAUGUGGACUUGGCCAGCAAGGUCUUCUUCAAAAGGGCAAGCGUUUCUUUGGCCAACCCAUCAGAUUGUGUGGAUAUGGUAUGUGACGCCAGGCAGCAUUGCUACAUUAAGGACAUCGAUGGGUCAUUCCUUGGUAGCCCUGGUUAUGUCCUUCCCCAGGCUGAAUACGAGUGGGACGGUGAUCCAGCUCGGGGCGUUGGAGAUUACCGAAUUCCUGCCAUUGCACUGACCGAUCCUGUUGGAAAUCUCUUGGAUGUGAAUGUGGAAAUGCCUUACAAAGGUAUCCUUGGUAACAGGAACUGCUCUUUCCGGGGUUCGUGGCAAGCAUACGAAUGUCACAACAAUCUCGACUAUGCCAACUUGGUCAUUGAGAGCUUGGACUCGGACACCGAAUCUCGUCGGUUGUCACCAGUGGCCAUCAUCGGUGACAAGUACGUUGAUCUUCUAAAUGGUCCUCAGGAUCACGGAUGGUGCCAGGGCUACACUUGUCAAGAAAGGAUAUCAACAUUCUGGGCAUUAGUGGCGCUAGAAAAACAUUACGAUAUCUACUUCACGAGUACCAGUCCAUCCAAGCUUCAACUGCGGUUGUUGCAGGUCGAACCCUCGGAUACUAUUCGAGUAGCAGUCUUCUAUGGCCUUCCAUAUCGGUUCGAUGUAUACUACCAGGGACAAUAUAUUUCACCGAUGAAUGGGGCUGUGAACGCCCAAGGACAAGCCAUACUUAACCCGCCAAUUUUCCCCGGCCAUUACGUGCCUGCACUGUCCGAACCAGCGGGUUCGAACUUUUUCGACAACGACUAUGACUUACUUUAUAUCAUCGUUCGUGGGAAGACUCCGAUUCAGAUCCGCAUGAGUGAGGUCCUCAUUGUCUCCUUCGCCUUGCCUGCGAUGACAACAGAGGAAUUUUUCGGGGAGAACAUUGUGAGUAACUUAGCAGCCUUCCUUGGAAUCACAGAAGACCAAAUUAGGAUUGUAGAAGCUGUGUCAGAAUCAAGCAAGAGAAAGAAACGUGCGACCUUAAGCUUCUCGGUGACCUUGGAGAUUGGAGAUCCGCCAGUGACCACUAUCAACAGUACUCAAACUACAGCGAGUAAUAUCACAAUGAAUGCUACGGCGAGCCCUACAGAUACUACAUUUUCAAAUGCGACAACUGGUUCUCCAUCCAACGUACCACUAUCUGCAGCUCUUUUGAGCACUUUGAAUGAUCUUAUCACAGAUGCUGUGCAGACCAACUCCUUUGCCGCAGCUCUCAAUACAACCAUAUUAAGUGUAACGGUGACCCCUCCACCACCGGAGACAGGGUCGCCCGAAUGGGAGCAGUUUAUCACGGACAUAGAUUCAGGAAAUGCUACAGUUACCCCUGAGCCUGUCCUCGUACCAACUACUCUAGUCCUGGUAGAACCACCUGAAGGAGAUGCAGAGUGUCUAGCUUUCAUCAGACAGCCGUGGUUACGGUUCCUCGACCAAAAUGGUGACCUUAUGGGCUCAGUUGGAUCAAAAUUGACGCCGUGGAUAGUGACAGCGACCCUCCGACCCUAUGCAGGAUCAAACUCUGCUGCUGUCCUCACAGGAACCACCACAGCAGUAUUCAAACAAGGGAUUGCAAAAUUCACCAAUCUCGGAACCUCCAACCCUGGUCAAGAUUUCGUCAUUGACUUCACCUUGUCACAGCCGACCUUCUCACCGGCAAGGACUGUGGCUUCUCCCCAGAUCGAUGUCCACACUUGCGAAUUAGCUUUACGGAUAGAUUCGGCUCCAACCGAGGUCACGGCGGGGAAGAUGUUUGAUAUGGCAAUGCAUGUGCAGGAGUCAUCGAAUGGGCAGAUCAACUUAUUAUGGAGGUUCAACAGCUGGACAGCCGAAGCUAGACUGCGGGAUGCCGGCAACUACGCAGGCUCACUAGAAGGCGCUACCGUCGGGCACAUCAACUACAAUCGCUCAGACAUCUUCUUUGAAGACCUAACACUUGUAAAAUCAGGGAGAUACUUACUGGAAAUUUCCCUAAAGUCACACCCAGCUGAGCUCGAACUCUAUGUUAUGCAAGAGAUCACUGCUCUACCUGUAGACUACGUUGCGCCUCUGAUCGAAGUAAAGAGACAAUGUUCCAUGCGGUUCCCCAAUGACUAUUCUGUGAUCAGUGGACGUGAGGCGGCUUUCCAGGUUACUCUCUAUAACGAAUUGGUUGGAAGCUACACAUCGCAGGCUGAUGUCGUGCUUGACAACUUUCAAACGUCUCCAGGUAGUAUCAUCGCCUCCUUCGACAUCAGCGGAACAACCCUCACGACGGACUUGGCCUUGAAUGUACUGGUCGUGGCCCUAGAGAACGGGUUGACUGUCUCAUUCAAUGGCUUUACCUUUAAUGCCGAGACUACCUUGACCGUAGAUGGAUCCACCUACACAGGAGCUGCGCCAGAGGAUGGAAACAGCUCAUCGGGAAUGGACUCGACCACCAUCAUUAUAUUGAGCUCCGUGGUGCCCAGCGUUGUCAUCAUCAUCGUCGUAAUCGCAGUUGGGGUCUACAUAACAAAGAAAAACAAGACAAGAGUGCAACCACUUGUCAGGCAAACAAUCAUGGUGACCGGUGACCCAACCUCUCCCGCCCCUGUCGUCGUCACUAAUCCAAACGCUAACGUUGUCUUCGUGGGUACCUCUGACCCGUUGCAGCAGAACGGUGACAAACCACCGCCGCCGCCACCACCACCACCAUAUUACACGAUCGAUGAUAGACCCGGAGUAGUCACAACCAGCCACAUUUGAUGGAACAAGUUGGAUUGAAAUACGGACUAUGGAAUAGAAUUAUCUAUUAUCUUUAACGUCUAAAAUGGAGUUUAACGAUAACGAUAACACUAUUAUUUUCUAUAAGUAAUUUGUAAGGAUAUAAGCGUUAUAUCGUUAUCGUUAUGACUCAACACUUUACUAUUACAUCAAGAACUAUAUGCGUUAUGCUGGCACUGAAAGAGAUGUUCAAGGAAUAAUUCCGUGAAGCUGAACUCACUUUUACCAUUUACAGAAUUAACAGCACAAGGUUAACUAUAAAAGUAUCCUUGCAUUGUGCUACAUCUUGAUAGAAUGUAUGGUAUAAAUUCAAUGGCCAUUUUAGAUAUAAGCCAGGCUUUGAUUAAACACUACAUGUACAUAACGACUAACAUUCCCUCUAGCAACGACUGUGAUAUGAAAGAUGGUGUACUUAAUAGGCGUAAGUAUGGAUUUAUCCAUACUUGAUGGGCGUGAUAUAUAAUAAUAUCAAUUUUUGUGA